AAAGAGAGAAAAGUGCUGGUCACAUGGUCUGUAGGAGGGCGGGGCUAAUGGUUCGCUCGAGGAGUUCUUGCUCGAAAAACAUGGACCAAAAGAUUCCGUACGAUGAUUAUCAGCUGCCAGUAGUGUUUCUUCCUUCCUAUGAGAGCCCUCCUGCAUGGAUCCCUCCACAAGAGAGGAUACAUCACCCUGACUACAACAAUGAGCUCACUCAGUUCCUACCUCGCACUGUAGUGUUAAAUAAGCCCCCCGGUGCACAACUGGGCUUCAAUAUACGUGGAGGAAAGGCCUCCCAGCUUGGUAUCUUUAUUUCAAAGGUGGUGCCAGAUUCAGAUGCCCAUAGGGCAGGACUGCAAGAGGGUGAUCAGGUGCUUUCUGUCAAUGACGUGGACUUUCAAGACAUUGAGCAUUCAAAGGCUGUGGAGAUUUUAAAGACCGCGAGAGAGAUUUUGAUGAAGGUUCGAUACUUCCCUUACAACUACCAGCGGCAGAAGGAGAGGACUGUACACUAGGUGGCAGAGCUGGCCUUCACGAUGCAGCUGAUGAGGCGUUGAUGUGUCUGUGAAACCUUUAGCUGCCCUGCAUCAUCUUCCUCCCACUAACUAUUUUCUCUGACUAAGAGACUGCUCAAAGAAAUCAUCUUCAAACACUUUGCGACAUGCCUGGUGAUUCACAGCUUCUUCAACCACAGUGGUGGUUU